CCGGAAACCCCCCGUUGCCGUGGAAACACAGAAACAACAACAGGGCUGGUCUGGAGCUGUGGCCGCAAAUCGGAUUUUGCUGAAGUCCAGCUGAAGCUCUUCCCUGUGAUUCCUUGAGGUACGAUUAGACUGGAAAGAGAGAAUGGAGACUGUGCAAGUCGGAGUGGUCAGGGACUCCAUGCUGGCUAAUCCUCUUUUAAUUAGGAGCGAGCUGGGAAGAAGCCGUCCAAGAGGAUUCUCACUGCCAGGCCAAGACUUUGUGUAUGGGCGAAUCAACCCCAACAGAGAUGGAGGAGUUCCAGAAGCAAUGUCCCACUGGGUGACGGUUGUACCCACCUCUCUGCCCGGCUCCAGCUCCCGGAAGAUGGGCAAGGACUUCGUGGCACUCAACCGAGAGGCGGUGAAAUCGGGCCUGGUGACCGCGCAGGAGCACUACCAGUACCGCGCCACACACGACAUCCCCCGUCGCUCUCCGGCCAGAGAGGGCUCCCGACUGCGGAGACCGCGCGCCCCUCCGGACGUGACCUUCGGCAUCUCCACGCGCCCCUCCACUCCCAUUUUUGAGCUGCUGGAACACCGGUACGCCCAGCGCUGGCUGGAGGAGCAGCAGUCUGCGGAGCGGGCCAAACUGGCGUCUCGGCAAAAGAAGCAGGCUCAGCUGGGGAAGAUUUACGAGACACGGACAUCCCUUCUGCGCCAAAGCCAGCCCAGUGUGGAGUUUACCUCCCUCUGGAAACUGCCCCGGUUCCAAAAGGUGGGGCCUCACCUGGACACAUUCCAGGAGCCCGAGUCCCGGCGGAGAGCGCUCGGCGCCCACGGCUCCGACCCGGCGGCCCGGCGGGGCCAUCUGGGCCACGGCACACACGGCACUGGCUAGCCGGCGGGCCCGGGAGCGCAGAGGAGGUGUCCCACACACGUUUCCCCAUACACUUCAUUCCUGAUCAUUUCACUGAGUUUCUUCCAAUGACAAAAUCUAAUAAAAAUUACAUUUGCAGGUUA